AUUCACGUUACCUGCGGGUGAGCCACUCACCAUUGCAAAUGAAAAAUUGAGUGCUCCCGUUUUUGGUUUUUCCUUUUGCAGUUUAUUGAUUUGAUUGGAUCUGAUUUCAGCUCUCUACACCAGUUUCGACCUCGUACGCAAUAAUGAAUCCUUUCUCUUCUGGUAAUCGUCUACGGGACAUGAUACGGGCCAUACGUGCAUGCAAAACUGCAGCUGAAGAACGUGCUGUUGUAAGAAAAGAGUGUGCUGCUAUUCGUGCUGCAAUUAAUGAGAAUGAUCAAGGUUAUAGGCACCGUAACCUAGCAAAGCUUAUGUUCAUUCACAUGCUUGGGUAUCCCACUCAUUUUGGCCAAAUGGAGUGCCUAAAGUUGAUUGCGUCAGCUGGAUUUCCAGAGAAGAGGAUUGGAUAUCUUGGUCUCAUGUUGCUUCUAGACGAAAGACAAGAGGUUCUGAUGUUGGUCACAAAUUCAUUAAAGCAAGAUCUCAACCACUCAAACCAGUAUAUUGUAGGGCUUGCUCUUUGUGCUCUGGGAAAUAUUAGUUCUGCAGAAAUGGCCCGUGAUCUUGCACCGGAUGUAGAAAGAUUGCUGCAGUUUAGAGAUCCAAAUAUCCGGAAGAAAGCAGCACUGUGCUCCAUACGGAUCAUAAAGAAAGUUCCGGACCUGGUUGAGAACUUUAUGUAUCCUGCUGCUUCACUACUUAAAGAAAAACAUCAUGGAGUCCUAGUAACUGGAGUUCAACUCUGUACAGGUCUUUGUAAAGUCAGUUCUGAAGCCCUUGAAUAUUUUAGAGAGAACUGUACUGAAGGUUUGGUCAAAACUCUGAGGGAUAUCGCAAACAGUCCCUAUUCACCUGAGUAUGACGUUGCUGGCAUUACAGAUCCUUUCCUUCAUAUAAGAUUGCUUAUGCUUCUGCGGUUAUUGGGACAGGGUGAUGCUGAUGCUAGUGACUGUAUGACUGACAUACUAGCCCAGGUGGCAUCGAGAACCGAGUCAAACAAAAAUGCAGGAAAUGCUAUUCUUUAUGAAUGUGUUCAAACCAUCAUGAGCAUUGAAGAUAAUGGAGGUUUACGUGUGCUUGCUAUUAAUAUCUUGGGAAGAUUCUUGUCAAAUCGUGACAACAAUAUCAGGUAUGUUGGAUUGAACAUGCUUAUGAAGGCUAUUGUGGUGGAAGCUAAAGCAGUUCAGAGGCAUAGAGCAACUAUUUUGGAAUGUGUAAAGGAUUCAGAUGCUUCAAUUCAGAAAAGGGCACUUGAACUUGUAUACUUGCUAGUGAAUGAAAGCAAUGUAAAGCCUUUCACGAAAGAGCUAAUUGAAUAUUUGGAAGUAAGUGAUCAAGAAUUUAAGGGAGAUAUUACUGCCAAGAUAUGCUCCCUUGUUGAAAAGUUUUCCCCUGAGAAAAUUUGGUACAUUGAUCAGAUGCUCAAGGUCCUCUCUGAGGCUGGAAAUUUUGUAAAAGAUGAAGUCUGGCAUGCACUUAUCGUUGUCAUAAGUAAUGCUUCUGACCUCCAUGGAUAUACAGUCAGGGCAUUGUACAGAGCUUUCCAGGCAUCAACAGAACAGGAAUCCCUUGUUCGAGUGGCAGUUUGGUGUAUUGGUGAAUAUGGUGACAUGUUGGUGAAUAAUGUUGGGAUGCUUGACAUUGAAGAACCAAUAACAGUAACGGAAUCUGAUGCUGUGGAUGCCAUAGAGGUUGCUAUUAAGCAUCAUAGAUCAGAUCUCACUACUAAAGCAAUGGCUUUGAUUGCUCUGUUUAAGCUCUCUUCUCGAUUUCCUGCUUGUUCAGAGAGGAUCAAGGAUAUAAUUUUCCAGAAUAAACAGAGCCUUCUACUUGAGUUGCAGCAACGAUCUAUUGAAUUUAAUUGUAUUCUUCAGAAGUACCAUAACAUUAGAUCUGCUCUGCUUGAAAGGAUGCCAAUUUUGGAUGAGACGACUUUAAGGGGAAGGAAAGAUGGCUCCUUGCCAACAGCUGUUUCAACUUCCACCAUCAUACCAUGUGAUCUUCCUAAUGGAGUUGCUGAACCAGCUGCAGCUCCUAUUGGAGACUUACUCGACCUAAGUUUGGAUGAUGUCCCUCCACCUAUCUCUUCUUGUGGUGAUAUUCUUCAGGAUCUCCUUGCUAUUGAUUUAUCCCCAGCUUCUGCACUAUCAGGCACAAGUCAUCCUCCAAAAGCUGGUACAGAUGUUCUGCUGGAUCUUUUGUCAAUAGGAACACUGGUUCCUGCAGAGACCAGCCCAUCUGCAUUAGACAUAUCAUCCUCCGGUCAGGACAACAAAGCACCACUUGCCAAUUCAAAUGGUCUUGCAUCACUUCCCUUACUUAUCGCCGAUUCUCCUGCAAGUUCAGCUGGAAUGAUGGAUUUAUUGGAUGCGUUCGACCCUAUUACUCAAAAGCUUGAGGAAAAUGGUCCAGCUUAUCCAUCCAUAGUUGCAUAUGAGAGCAGAUCCUUGAGGAUGACGUUCAACUUCUCAAAGCAACCAGGAAACCCACGAACGACAUUCAUCCUGGCUACUUUUACAAAUCUGUCACCUAAUGUUUAUAAUGAUUUUCUUUUCCAGGCAGCAGUCCCAAAGUUUCUUCAGCUGCAUUUAGAUCCUGCUAGCAGCAGCACUUUGCCGGCAAGCGGUGACGGGUCCAUCACACAAAAUUUGAAAGUCAAUAAUACCCAACAUGGGAAGAAAUCAUUGGCAAUGCGCAUACGAAUAGCUUACAAGACGAACAACGACGACAUAUUGGAAGAAGGGAAAAUCAACAAUUUCCCUCGCGAUUUGUGAGGUUGCUUCAUCCAUGGAGAUGUUCAUCUCCAGUCUUGAUUUUUGUCUGAGAAACUUUGUCGCCCAAUGUGUAGAGAUAGUGCAAUGUUUUGUUUCUAUACUUGUAUUCCAGGGGCCGUAUAGU